AUGGAGCUUAAGAAAACUUACAUGGUGCUGAAAGUUGAUCUCCAAUGUCCCUGCUGCUACAAGAAGAUCCAGAAAAUUCUCUGCAGAAUUCCUCAAAUUAGCGAUAGGGUUUUCGAUGAAAAGGCAAAUACAGUGACAAUCACUGUAAUAUGCUGUGAUCCUGAGAAGAUUCGUGACAAAUUGUAUUGCAAGGGUGGCAAGAUUAUUAAGUGCAUUGAAAUCCUACAGCCUCCAAAGCCGAAACCUCCGGUGAAGCCCAAGGAACCCGAGAAGCCCAAGGAACCCGAGAAGCCCAAACAGCCCGAGAAGCCCAAGGAACCCGAGAAGCCAAAACAGCCCGAGAAGCCCAAGGAGCCGGAGAAGCCAAAACAGCCCGAGAAGCCCAAGGAGCCGCCGAAGCCCGUUUGCUGUUGUCCGUGCUAUGAAGGUCGUAGAGGAGGGCCGUGCUACCAUUGUUGUGGGUGUCCGCUGCCUCCGCAUCCGCAUCCGCAUCCGCAUCCGCAGCCACCGCCACCGCCACCGCCACAGCCACAGCCGUGCUACGACUGGAAUUAUCCAUGUGGACCUGGAUAUACUUGUGGAAGGCCUUGUUAUGUCACGAGGUGCGAUUACUUCAGCGAAGAAAACACUACAGGCUGCACGAUUAUGUAA